AUGAGUUCAAUCCCUCUUUAUUUGAAAAUCAAAGGAGGUUCAUCCACUGAAGGUGAAUUCAUCCCUUCUCACUUCAGUCAAACUUCCCCUUGUUCAAUUGAAUUCAAUGAAACUCAAUACGACUUUGCUCACAUUUACAAUGAGCAAGACACUGAUUACCACCAUUUGUUAACCAAUGACAGAAGCUCAUGUGUUAUAUUGAUUGGCCCUACUGGUAGUGGUAAAACCACCAUGAUCAAGCAAUUGGCUGCUGGUAAGAUUAAGUCAUUUGCUCCUGUUGGUCCUCCACCCGUUGGAAGCUUGGUCCCACCACAAGCUUUCGUUACUGCGUUUGAAAUUACUAACAAUAAGUACAUUCUUGAUUUGUUUGAUGAUAACUUACAUAGACGUAUUCCAUUGUUUAACUACGAAUCACAGUUGAAGAGGGAAAAGGUCAAUGAAGAUACUUUGAAACAUAUCUUCAAGAAGAGAUUGUCUCAAGCUACUGAAUUUAAUCCAAACUCAAGCAGAUCUUGUUUGGUCAUCACCUUCUAUUAUCAAAAUCACAGAACUACUUUAAUUGAUUUAAUGGGCAAUGAAAGAAAUAACGUAUUUGCCAACACUAACAUUAGUUCAAUUACUCAAUUGUUAGCAACCAAGCAAAAUGUUGGUAGAUCAAAUAAUUUAGUCACUAAUAUGAUCUUCAAGAAUCAUGAAAUUCAAAUGGUUAUGACUUUGGAUCCUAGAGGUGAUGCAGGAUUAAUCAAAUCUACUUUAACUAAUGUUGCCAAUUUGUUAAACAAUUUCAAAUUGUCCUCACCAGUAAAAGCUGCUGCCACUAGUAGAGUUCCAAGUUAUGCUAGACCAACAGCAAGCUCCAAGACUUUGACCAAGGUUGCUGUUCCAAGAAAGACUGUCUUAGCUCCAAAGAGACCAGUUCCUACUCGUGCUAUUCCAAAGCGUACUAUUGUUGUUAAAAGACCAUCUUCUAGUUACAUCCCACCUUCUUCUCCAAUUAAACAACGCAGAUUGGAUGAAAUCGCCAAACUUGAACAAACGAUUGAAAACUUGCAACUGUUGAAUUCACAAUUACAACAACAGUUAAAUGAAAUCUCAACCAAGCAAGAUAUGAAUGAACACUCUCAAAUUAUUGAUUUGAGAGCUCAAAUCGAAUCACAACGGGAAAAGUUUGUUAAUCAUGUUAAUGAAAUCAAGUCUGAUUUCGUAAAUAUUAAAACUGAAUCUUCAAUCUUGGGUAAUUCAUUCCAAUCCAUUGGUCAAAAUUUAGAUUUGAUUCUGCAAAAGUUAACUGAAGCCGAAUCUUCAAUUCAGCAAAAGGAUGAGUUCAUUACAAAGCUUCAAAAGGAAUUGGAUGAGCAGCUGCGUUCCUUAACCAGCUAUGAAUCUGAAGUGUUCAGGUUAAAGACAGAAUCAGAAGACAACAAGUCAGCUGCUACAGAAACUAUGGAUAAAAUGAUCCAUACCAAAGUGCAAUUGACUGAACGUGUCACUGAUUUACAGGCCCAACUUGACGCUAAAGAAGAUGCAAUUAUUAAAUUAAAUGAAGAAUUAGAUGUCAAGAGUAAGUUAGUUCACGAAUUGCAAGAUCUCAUAACCAAAAAUAGUCAAAAGAUUGAAAUGUUGGAAAAUGAGGUUGUCAUCUUGAAAAAUCAAGUUGAGUUAAAGACCCAACAGUUCGAAGAACUUGAUGAAAUCAAGAAUGAAAGUGAAUCUAAAGGUUGCCAGAUUGAAGCAUUAAAUACUGACUGUAAUCGAUAUAUGGAAGAAAUUGAAGUGUUGCAAAAGAAAUUGGUAGAACAAGAACAGAAUAGUUCUAACAUUGAACAAUCUAAUAUUGAUUCCAAGGCUGAACACGAGCAACAAGUUGAAAUAUUGAAUCAAGAAAUUCAACUCAAAUCAAAUGAACUUGCUGAUAUGCAUGAACAACUUGAAAAGUUGAAAGCCGACCAUGAAUUGGAGUUAUCUCAAGAAAAGAAAUCACAUUGUGAUGCCAAAUCUAAAUGGAAGCAACUGGUUGAAGAACUUCAACACAAAAAUAGCAAAAAGAAGGAAGAAAUUGAAAAGUUGAAGAAAGAAGUACAAGCUAGAGAUGACACCAUCAAAUCUGCUGCUAGUGAACUAGAACAGAAGAUUCAAGAAAUUUCUAACUUAAAGUCACAAAUUAAUGAUUAUGAUCUUGAACAAACACACUUGAAAGAUUUAGUUGAAAGAAAUCAUAAAUCAAUUCAAGAUUGGGAAAACAAAUAUAACGAUAUGGUUAGUUUGAAGGAUGAUGAACUAAAGAAGUUACACGAACAAUUGGAUUAUUCUACUGGUGAUCAAUUACUUAAUGAGAUGAAUUUGGUAUACCCUAGAUUUAAUCCUGAAGAAAUUUAUCAAGACGGUCUCACCGAUGACAUGACCAUUAAUUUCAAACCUCCCUCAGACAUGACAACUGUUUUGAAACCAGCUUCCGAUAUCAUUACUAUUUUAAAUCCAGCUCAAUCUGAUGUUGCCUUAAAGCCAGACGUCAAUACUACUUUGAAACCACCAAAGAAUGAUGCAUCUAAGAUCUUAAAGCCAAGCACCAAAUUGAAUAGUUCGCCUCUGAGACCAUCUUCUAAACUUGGAAGUUCACCCUUAAAGAGACAUCUGAGCGUUUCACCAAAGAAGAAGAGAAAGAAUCCAAAUUUGGAAAGCAUCAAAGCAAAGUAUCAAAAAUUAGGUAGUCCCUUAGCUUAA